CUAAGGGCUGCGACUAUGUGUUUGUGAAUGGGAAGGAGUCACGUGGCUCAAUGAACGCCCGUGUGGUCUUCAGAUAUGAGCACCUGAGUGCCCCCCUGGAGCUGACAGUCUGGGUCCCCAAACUGCCCCUGCAGGUGGAGCUGUCUGACUCCCGGCUGAGCCUCAUCAAGGGCUGGCGUGUUCCUAUCCUCCCGGACCGACGGGUUACGCGGGACAGUGAAGAUGACGAUGAAGAUGACCGUCGCGUGAGCCGUGGCUGUACUCUGCAGUACCAGCAUGCCCUGGUGCGUGUGCUGACGCAGUUUCACACCACCUCCACAGAGGGCACAGACCAGGUGAUCACCAUGCUGGGGCCUGAUUGGCAGAUAGAUGUCACAGAGCUGGUGCAGGAUUCUCUCAGAGUGGAGGAUGGGAGCCUUGCUGUACUGGUGGACAGAACCGUGCUGUUGGGGUUGGAACCAGGGACUACCAGUCUUAAGGUGGAGUCCCCCCUAAUGGAAGCUGUUCUAGGUGAUACCCAGGUGUUAAUAACUGAUGACAAAGUCUCAAUAACAGACCUCCGAGUGCAUGCCAUCGCCAGCCUCUCCCUCACACUGCAGCCCAGCCCAGGAAACAGUCACACCAUGGUCGCCAAGGCAACAGGGCUGCAGACUAUCACUGGGCCUAAACAGGAGGCUACACUGACCAUAUGGGUAUAUUACAGUGACGGCACAGCGGCACCCUUGAGCCUAUACAACCCAAAAGACUAUAACCUGCAGGUCAGCACACUGGACGACAAGGUGGUCUCGGUGUCACAGGACUCGCAUCUCCGCUGGCCCACAGUGGUGGCUGAAGGAGAGGGCUCAGGGGAGAUCAUUCGAGCAGAGAUGACCAUCUGUGAAGCCUGCCAGAAAACCAAACGCAAAAGCGUGCUCUACUCUGCUCCCGUCUACGUCAAAGUCCGCUUCGGGCCGGAGGAAGACUCUGAAGAAGAUGCAGACUACUAUCCAGGGGGCAGGACAAGCCAGGGGACAUUAGCAGGCAAGAGAGAGGUAGAAGAAACAACCACUACUAGGAGAUCAGUUCUGGAUGGAGACAGCUACGAGCUGACAAACAAGCAGCCAGCCAGCAUCCCUAUUGAUUACACCAAUUUCCCCACCACUAGCAUAAGAUACGGGGAGGAAGAAGAAGAAGAGGAAGAGGAGGAGGAUGAUUUUGUCCAGGCCCCUCGGAGUCUAACAGACCUGGAGAUUGGGAUGUACGCCCUCCUAGGUGUCUUCUGCCUGGCCAUCUUGGUCUUCCUCAUCAACUGCAUCGUCUUUGUUCUCAAGUACCGGCACAAACGUAUUCCUCCAGAGGGCCAGGCCAAUGUUGACCAUUCUCAUCACUGGGUGUUCUUGGGAAAUGGGCAGCCCUUGCGGGCACAGAAUGACCUCUCACCCCGGCAGCCAGAAAGUCCAGGAAACCCCCUGGAAGGGGUGCAGACUUGUUGUCAUGGAGACCACCACAGCAGUGGCAGCUCCCAGACAAGCGUGCAGAGCCAAGUCCAUGGAAGAGGAGAUGGGAGCUCAGGGGGGUCCACCAAGGAGCACAGUGAGGAACCCCUUAACUCACCCACCUCCAAACGCAAGCGGGUCAAGUUUACCACCUUCACCACUCUACCCUCAGAGGACAUGCCCUACAACUCUAUCCCGAUAGCGGACGAGGAGGACAUACAAUGGGUCUGCCAGGACAUGGGCUUUCAAGACCCUGAGGAACUGCAUGACUACAUGCGUAGGAUAAAGGAGAUAGUCUAGAAAGAGCAAGAAAGGUGCCGCAAUUUAGUUUCACUUGGUGGCAUUCACAAACAAACAACGGGAACAAACCAUUGUUUUCUUUGCACAGUGCCCUUCCUCUCCCAGACACUCCUUUCUUUCUUUCUUUCUUUCUUGAAGCUUAAAUCCACAAAUCUUUGAAGGCUAUUCAAUGGCUUGCUAUUCUUUGUCCUGGAUAUACACCUCCAGAGUGGGUCGGAUGUCUCAGAACAGUACUGACUCAAUAGGGAGGUAUUCUACCGACCCACAAACACUGGGUGAUGUGGGGCUGUUCGUGGCGGGGUGCGGCUCAGUUCUUGCUUUUGUUUGUUCGUUUGUUUAUCAUAAAUGCAAGUACCUUCUCUAACAAGAGGCCUUUGAAGUGCAGGUCACAGAACCAGAGGAUGUUGGGACGGAUAGUUUAUGUUGCGUCUUUAUUGAAGGUGUAUCAAUACUGAAAACGAGAUGAUGCGGUUUGUUUGAAUGAUUGCCUUGUCUUAAACACGCCAAAAACACUACACAUGGUUGGAGUGGCCCCCUAGCAUCUGACAGUGUGCAGUCUUUGACUUCUCACUAAACCUCAAUACAGGUCAGAAAGACCAGAAGCCGGUUUGUUCAGAUGAGAAAUGUUUUUUCAUUGUUAAUUGCAUUCCAGUUUAUUCACUGUUUCCUUGUGUUUAGAGGACAAUGGAACCCACGCAUUCCAACCAAAUGUUCGGAAGCACUUAAGCAAAACUGAAUGCUUCUUUGUUUAAACAACUAAGCAUUCUGAUAACAUUAUUUAUUUGGGGGUGUCUAAUUUCUUUAGAAUUAAACAUAUUUAAAGAUUUAAGCCCAGGUGUUCGAAACGAUGCGUAAUCCCCACAAAAAAUUUGUGCCUCGCAAAAAUUUAUGCUUUUACACAAAAACUGACACAACAUGGCACGAAACAGUCGCGCGAAGUUGGAAAAUAGCAGUUUUAUUGCUCAAUUCGCAAAUGUGUUUGUGCCUUGCAAAACCACCUGCGCAUUCAUUACCGAUAUAGCAGAAAUGCACAAGACCUGCGUGUGAAUGAGCAGAAUUGGAAUACUACACGACAAUGGACUGUUAACAAUACCCUGUCAAGCAGCUAUCAUAGGUGUACAGAACAUACCAAUAUUCCCCAGACGAGUCUACACUCAAACAUGGAAUGCAGAAUCAAAGCUCAGCACACAUCGGUAGCAUUGGCACUCCCACAGUUGCAUGCCCACCCCCACAAAUAUAUAAAUAAGCUACUAAAUGGAGAAAUGAAACCAUGGACCGCAGAAUAGUGUAGGCUAUUCAAAAUAUAACUUAAAUAAAAAUAUAUUGCGGCGACUUGCUAACUGGAUAAGUGUCAACAUGAAGGAGACGGACAGAAUAUCUCUGCAGCAUCAAACUCCACUCAUUAUUUUACAGAAACGCGCCUGUCAGCCAGUGUUCUGAGUAGCUCCAACCCGUGCUCCUUACACUAAACAUAAACAUAUUAACAGAAGUGUGGACUGUAAAACAAACCCACAAUGCUGUAAACACUACUCUAUUCGGACUCCCCGAAGAUGGGAAUCUCAGCAUGGAGCUGGCCAAGAACGUUGCCUGUGGAUGCAGCUUGCACAACUGUAUCCCUUGUCAUACUCCUGCUGAAAACCCCUUCCAACUGCCCCCACUCAUCACACAUCCUGCUCCUACCACAACUCUAUGGCACAGUCAAUAGCAUGGAAUGCGGAUCGUGGGUGUCAAACUACGCUUCUGAUAUCAAUGAGAAAUAAACAACAAUACCUAAAGAAAAAGUCAGCUGUGUCCUUAUACCUGAGUGUGGAAUUACCGGGUGAGUGGCAUGAAAGGAAAGGAAGCCUUUGGAGAGGCAACUACAGGGAUAUUUUAGGGAUUAAGCCCUUUGGCACUGCGGCCCUUUGCCAGUGUUGCUGAGGAUAGGACACUUAGCUAAACGCAUGCAAUGGAAACAUUCUGUGCAUUGCAAGCCUGUCAUGCUUACUGCAUUUUCAUUCAAAUUUGGCCUUCGGAGCAAUUCAAAUAAUUGUGUGCUUAAGCAUAUGAAAUUUG